AUGCUCGUGUUUAUUGACAGCUUAACCCAAACCAAGGACGAAGGACUCAUAUCGGAUGCCAUAUUUUUCGACUUCUCAAAAGCAUUUGAUAGGGUCCCACACGUUCCGCUGCUCCACAAACUCGAGUCCUACGGGAUUCGAGGAAAAUUCCUUCGCUGGAUCAAGGCGUUCCUAUCAGACAGAUCAUUCCGAGUGAGAAUAAACUCGACCUACCCUUCCCCAGCGCCGGUCUCCACUGGAGUUCCUCAAGGCUCCGCGCUGGGACCAGUGCUUUUUCUGAUCUACGUAAACGACCUCCCAGAUGUUUUUGCGACUCCACGCCUACUUUUUGCGGACGACUUGAAAUUCUGGAGUACCAAUGCCAGUGUCCUCCAAAUGGAUGAAGACGCUGCCAAGCAGCGGUCGGUGGAUUGGCACCUUACUCUGAAUAAAGAUAAUUCAGCUGGCCUCCUGCAACAGCCUGUGGAGAUAAUGCACACGGGCGAAUGGAAUGUAAACCUUAAUCGCCCCUCGGAAGAAGAAAUAAGGUACGAAAUAGCCCUACUAAAACGUGAGAAGGCACCAGGAUCGGAUGGUUUGUAUGCGGCCCUCUUCAAGGAAGGCGGAAAAUCCCUGGUGACCCACCUGACAAAUCUUAUUGGUACCAUAUGGGACGAAGAGAAGAUGCUUGUAGAAUGGGGCAUGCCGACAUUCACCCCCAUCUUCAAAAAGGGCACACGGACGCUGUGUGAAAACCACUGUGGCAUCAGCCUGUUGGCUGUGACAUCAGAGGUGCUCUCUGGCUGCUCCCCAAAGACGUCAAAGUUCUUCGAUAUCUUCGUUUCAUUUUUCGAGUCUGGUGGGAACACCGGAUCAGUAAUUCUGAAUUAUGUUGAGAUUUUCGGAAGAGACAAGUCCUCCACGAUAGAUGAACUGUUCACACUCCAACCAGGUACUCCGUUCUACGACUUCAUCCAUAAUUUGACCGAAUUGUUAUCCAACGAGAGACUGAAGCAAUCUUUCACACAAUCGGGUUCAUUUUUGGAUUUGGACUUAUUUUCGGAAUUACACCCACAGCUGACGGCUAUCCUCAUCGCGUACAGUCGCAUCCCGAAAAUUUUAUCUCAUCCAGUCGGCAAUCUUUCCCUUGAUCAUUUGGACUUGUCUGUCUUGCGGAAUCUGUCCGCAUUCGUGUGUGGUGCGCAACGGAACGAUAUCAGUCGCGCUUUGGACGUGUACGAAUCUUCCAAAAAAUCUGUGCUCAAUGUCACCCACCUGGUGCUCGAGUUCAGUAAGAAUGCAUCCACGAGCAUUGAUGUACCUGCCGGAGACAAUCCUGUCCGAAGGCGAGUCCAAGCACUCAACUUCUGUCCGUCCAUUCGUUCUCUUCUCAGCUGGCAACCCACAUUACGUACGACUGGUCGAUUGCGGUACUUCUUGUUUGGUCGAACAGCAUACUAUCCCAGUAAUGCUUUCACAGACUCGGUUGUAAACAAGGCCAACGAAGUAUACUAUUUCUUGUCCGGAGUGAAGAAUGCCACCAAACUCUACUUUAGUCACAUCCGACCACAGAUAGAAGCUCUAAUGCAAAACCAUUCAGAAAGGCUGCAGCCGCAGUUACAGUAUUGUUUGUUUGCCUUCAUCUUCCUCUCAGACGAGAUAAACGAAUUGUGUUCUUUUCUAUUACACUUUUCUGGCCCUUCCGGCGAUGCAGCCCAGACCAGUGGCACCCCACAUUGGUCGCAUACUUUGGAGAAAAUUGAUUUUAUUGUUGCUAUAACUGAGCACCUUUUAGACUGCAUGCCAGAUUCAUUUGAUCGGUUUAUCCCGUUUCUAGAUCAGACCGAAUUUGAACGAUUCCUCAUGUUGAACGAAACUGACAUAGGAUUUGCCCCGCUAGGCGUACAUUUUGAACAGUGGCCGACAAACCAAACAUCGAAUCUGACGGAACUCUACGCGUUUGCUAUUCGUGUCAACCCAUUUCUCAUUGAUACGACUUUCCGAUAUAAAGUGCUCGAUCGACACUGGUCUCCAGCACCACGGCGUAAUCCUGAUUCGGAUAUGAAAUACUUCACAAGUGGUUUUCUUGACCUUGAAGAACGAAUCAGUCAGGCUGUGCUCAGCCUGGCGUCUGCCAGUUUGCAGACGAAAAUCGGUACCAACAUCCCGUACCACCCUCUGGGUGUUGAGUUUCAAAUGUUUCCAUCUCCUGCCUUCAAUGUGGACGAGUUUCUCAACCUGUUUGGGCCCCACAUUCCACAGUUGAUGAUUCUGGCUUGGUCGCUAACUCUGGUGGCCAGCGUGAAGUACCUAGUCGACGAACGUGAACAUGGUCUACUCAUGAUGCUUCGGGUGAUUGGAAUCCCAAACGGUUUAAGUGCAGUUUCAUGGCUAGCAGUCUCCAUGUUUUUCAGUACGGUGACCUGUAUUGUGAUGGUGAUCGUGCUGCGAUUCGCCAGAAUCACACCCAACACUAGUCUAUCCCUCUUGGUCUUUCUUAUUUUAUCCUAUGUGUUGUCCAUUCUGACUUUUUCUCUCGUAUUCAGUCUGUUUUUUAACAAGGCUAAUCUUGCUGCCGUUGUUUCUGGUGGUGUAUAUUUUAUGUGUUAUUUGCCGGCGCCAAUUCUUUUGCAUUAUGAAACUUUCCUCUCGCCCACGUUGCUAGUUACCGCUAGUCUAUUGCCUCAGGUGAGUCAAACGUUUGGAUGGGCGUAUAUUAUUCGAUUGGAACGACAAGGUUUCGGAGCACAGUGGUCGGAUCUUUGGCCUUUGGAAUCCUUGAGCAGCCCCUACUCCCUCGGACUUGUAUUCGUUCUUCUCUGGGGUGCCAUUUUAGUUCAGUUGGUUGCGGCUCUAUACCUAAUACCCUUGGUUAGAUCUGCUUUCCUCUUAUGCUUGGCAUCGCCCUUUUGGGGUAUCCCAAGAAUUAUUCGAUCAUCACUCUUCCCUCCAGUUAGACGAUCCAAGUCGAAGGAUAGUCACUUUUCGAAGACAUGGAAUAAGAGCAACACAACGAUCGAGAUGCACAACAGUAAGCCGGAUGAAUCAUUGUUACCACCUGAGUCCUUGAGCCACAACUCGCCUGUCCUCAUUGUGCGUGGAUUGUACAAACUCUAUCGUCGUUACAACCGUCGUCCAGUUUUGAACGGAAUAGAUCUACGAUUCUACCGUAGCCAAACCAACGUGUUGUUGGGGCAUAACGGUGCAGGGAAGACAACUUUAUUGUCUAUCCUAGCAGGUAUUCUCAAACCGACAAAGGGAACCGUCUUGAUUGAUGCACAGGAGGUACACUGGAAUAGAGAUUACAUCCGUUCCCGAGUUGGUUACUGUCCACAACAUGAUGUACUUUACCCUGACAUGACAGAUAGUCCCAGUGCACUAACUAAGCACUACAUCGACCGCUACCUGGCCUACUUUGGUUUCGAAUCGAAACGGAACUGUCGGAUUUCGACUCUUUCUGGUGGACAGAAGCGGAAGUUGUCUGUUUGCCUAGCUUUUCUAGGUCCAAGUUUAUCUGUGAUCCUUCUGGAUGAACCCACUGCCGGAGUUGAUCCUUUGUCCAAACGUAUCAUUUGGAAUUCCGUUCAGGCAAUGAAAACCGAGGAUCGUUCGGUGAUAUUCACUUCACAUCACAUGAGGGAAGCGGAAUUCUUGUCCGAUCGCAUAUAUAUACUUUCAAGUGGACGGCUUCUACAAUCUGGAUCAUGCGUGUCGCUCAAAGCCACUUAUGGGCUGGGUUAUCUGCUCACCUUGGAGAAACGACCAGGUGAGUUUGAGAGUGGUGGUGGCGUGUAUGCUGUCACGAAAUUAAUAUGCGCCCACGUUCCCCAGGCUGUACUACUUGCUGAAACGAGGAACACUUUGCUGUAUCGUCUUCCCCCCGAAGGAGCUCUGAGUGGUACAUACGCGGACCUUUUUGAACAUCUGGAAUCCGUGCUUAACGGGAAUGGAGAUAGGUCACCAACCGCUUGGCCAGUAUCGCAUUUCGGCGUUACGGAUACUUCUCUAGACGAUGUGUUUCUUACCAUACUAAGCAAACAGGCUGAUCAGUUGCCGGCAAAAACAUCCUUGGAAAUUUCUCCCACGCACUCAUCACGUGAUUCUAUUCAGGCGGAUGCGCCUGUUUUCUCCAUACGAAAACUAGGAACUGACCUCGUUUCAAGAUUCACAUCCGUAUGUCGCGUGUUCCCCUUGGCGACAAAGCCUGUGGCACCCGUGAUCCCUGUUUCACCCAGUAUGUCGGAAGAUAAACCGUUUUGGGCCAUUGUGAAGAGAAUAUACCAUCAAUCUAUUGUCAUAUUACGUAUGCGUUCGUGUCACCUAAAACGGAACAAGCGAGUUUGGUUCUUGGAGUUUUUCAUGCCUUGUGGCCUUAUCCUGUUUUCUCUAGUUUUGUUCAGUUUGUAUCGUCCGCAAAUUGAACAGCCGAUUAUGGAUCUACAUCCUGGACUAAUGACGGAUCGUCGCUAUAAAACCCAGCGCACCUUUGUACAUCACGAGACGUGUCCAACUUACUCGCUGCUCAGAUCGGAUGAGAUAGAACCAAUAAUCACUGCAUCCGCUUUUAGCCACCCCCUCUCCUGGACGGGUAUUCGUUGUCUUCCUAGUCAUAUCUACUCUCCUCGCCCGAAUUUCGGCCUCACUUGCUCCAAUGAACCGUAUUUUCUUUGGAGUGGUUCUCUGUCGGAACCCGAACACGACAGAAGUUGCGCUGGGGCAGACAAAAAUCGAUCUGAGCUUCCUCCGUGGCGUCUCCUGUCCACCUUCGAUAGACUAGUUAAUCUGACACACCUUAAUGUUUCAUCCUAUAUAUUACAAAGCCGCUUUCCAGAGGAAUUUUACGGAGGCGUUACACUUCGACCUAUCGGGCGCCACACAUCAGAUCAUCUUCUUUCUAUCCUAAUCAAUUCGGUCGCGGAUUGGGUUGCAAUCGUUUAUCAGCCCAGUAUGAAUUCAACUCUUAAUAUCCUAUCCCACCUGCAAAUUCCGGCAUCCACUCUCACUGAUGUACUGUUACCUCCGAUGGAACGUGUCGUCCUGUGGUACAACAAUAAAGGGUACGUUUCUGCCCCAGCAUUUCUGAACUACUUGUUCAAUUUGCAAUUGCAACAGCUGCUCACUCCUCAUAAGAACGUUAGCCACACAGGGAUUGUUGUUGCCAAUUAUCCACUUCCAUUUCCAAAGUCUACCUGGUUUUUCAACUUCCUGGAGGCGUUCAAAGUCGAAGCGGCUUUUGUUCUUUUCCUCGUCAUUGCCUUCACGGCCAUCCCGGCUAAUUUCGCGGUCCUCCUGGUAACGGAACGCCAUUUGGGUAUCAAGCAUUUACAACGUGUUUCUGGUAUGCAACCCUACGUGUACUGGCUCGUUAAUUUUGUCUGGGAUUUCUUUAUUUACUGUAUCCCCGUGCUCUUUUGCACCAUCCUAUUGGUCGUGUUUCGUAAGACAGCCUACACCUCCCCUGCUGUGAUUGGUCCGUUCGUCCUGAUCGUGAUCCUGUACGGUUCUGCAAUGACCCCACUGGUCUAUUUGGCCACCAUGUUCUUUCACCAUCCAAGCACCGCGUACGUGCUCAUCGGAGCGGUCAAUGUGUUCAUCGCCUCGGUUACGCUGUCAAUUGGUGUUUUUCUCAAACUGCUGCUCCUUCAAGACCCGAGCGAAACCGUCCAAACCACCAUCAGUCACAUUCAGCGUACCCUACUCUAUCUCUUCCCGCAUCAUUGUCUUGGGUCCAGUGUGUUCGACUUGGCAAUUAACGGUUUCCUACAGGAAAACGGAUUGUCUGUGGCAUCCUCUGUUGGUAUUGCCAGUUUCACAUGGCUGAUGUUGUAUCCGCGAAUGUUGUGCAUGAUGGGACAAACCAUGUUGUUUGUUCUGCUCUUGUUGCUCGUGGAAUAUCGUGGUUCGUUUUGGUACAUAUGGGAUGGAGGUUGUCUGCAGCGGAGCUCGGGACUGGCACGACCCCAUCAAUUGAAUAACACGAAAUCGGCUAAGAAUGUGCCACUUUGCACAUCCGAUAUACCCACAACAGAAAUCCGGAUACAACACUUGUCCAAACGCUAUUUCGGUCAGUCUCGUCCUGCUCUAUCUGAUCUCAAUCUUUGCGUUCGUGCUGGCGAAUGUUUUGGCCUUCUCGGAACCAAUGGAGCGGGAAAAUCGACCACCUUCGGUUUACUCACAGGACGAUUCCCAGCCCCAAGAAACACGAUUUUCCUCAAUGGGAUGGAUUUAUCCAAACAGUUCUUCGCUGGACAUUGCGACCAGUCAAUUGGUUACUGUCCUCAACAAGACGCUCUUCAUAGUUUUCUCACGGUUCGUGAGACAUUGCAGAUGUAUGCAAGGUUACGUGGCCUGAGUGGUUCUCAUUUGGAGGCGACAGUAUCCAAAUUGAUCAUUUCCACUGGUUUGGAUGCGCACGCCGAUCACCUUGUACGAACAUUGUCUGGUGGGACAAAACGAAAGCUUUCUACAGCCAUCGCCUUUAUCGGGGACCCACAAAUUCUUCUGUUAGAUGAGCCGUCCAGUGGCAUGGAUCCCGGAGCUCGGCGUCUUUUGUGGUCACAAAUCAACUCCGCACUUGAACGACAGCGUUGCAUACUUCUUAGCUCACACUGCAUGGAAGAAUGUGAAACCUUGUGCAAUCGUGUUGGUCUUCUUGUGGAAGGUCGGCUUCAGUGCGAUGGCACUCCUCUGGAAUUGAAACUGCGGUUUGCGGUCGGAUAUUCGGUAGACUUCGAACUUAGUCCGUCCGCCUUAAUCUUACCUCCCGACCAAUUACAGUCCGAACUACGAAAGUACUUACCUUUGGUGACCUUGUCUCUUCCACUUUGCAUACGACAACAGUAUCAGUACCCCCAUUUUAAGCCACUUUCUCAGCUGUUCCGUGCACUUCAAAAAGUACGUGAACUUGGUUUUGUAUGCCAUUAUUCUGUGAAACACAGCAAUUUGGAAGAUGCAUUCGUCGAAUGUUUGACUUCAUGCUCAGACUCUUCGAAGAUUGACCAUCCUCCUUCGGUGCCCAACACAAAUGACAUUAUCGUUGAAUCUCAAACGCCUCAUUUCUAAGCUUCGUGCUCCGUGUUCACCACCUUCCGCUGACUAUUUUUCUAGCUUUCUCUUCUAUCUUCAUUUUUGCCUGUGAUUUGCCCCAUCCCUUCAUCUGUGCAUCCGCCUCGGAAUUUCUGUGUUGUAGAGUACUGGUAUGACAAGAUGCAUCCGUAUUCUA